UAACCAUUAUUUUCAUCCGUCUUAUGUGCUUAAUGCAAUAUAUCAGAAACUCUUCAUCUGAUAUUACUGCAUCUGGCCAUAAAAUAAUUGAAUUAUCUAAAUGGUAAAUAGUAAAGGUUCAUAUAGAACUUUAUCCUGAAGUUUUGUAGUUAAUGGCUAGUUCGGAAGAUACGAAUAAAUCCUCAGAACAUUCUUCAGCUUCUACUGAUUCGGAUGAUGAUGAAGAAUAUGACGAAUCCGAAUCAUCUGAUAACUCUAACUUGCCUGAAACAUCUUCCGAUUCUUCGGAACGAGUUGAUUAUUCUUCUGAAAAUGAAAACAGUUCACUUGAAAGAAAUAUUUUGCCGCCGAAAGAUAUAAGAAAAAAGCAAAAUAAUGUAAAUUUUAGUAGAAUAUCCACAAAUUAUACACCUAGUAUAGAACAUUUAGAAAAGUUUUCUUCGAUUUCGGACGUUUCAACUCCAACUGUUAAAUGGAAAAUUCCUUUAAAGGAAAUAAAUGAUAGCGAUUUAUCUACAUCAAAUGAAUAUCGAAUGACUUAUGAACAUUCGGAUAAUUUAGGAGAAGUCGGAAAGAAAAGUAAAAAGAAAACGAAUAAAAAAAGUAAAAAAGGAAAAAAAGAAUCAAAAGCGGUUAAAGUCAGACAACAACCAUUUAGAUUGCCCCACUUUUAUCCGCCAUAUAGUUUUCCGGGAUACAAUCCUCCAAUGGGUCUUCCUAUUGGUCCUCCUUUUUUUCAUGUUAUAGAAGAAGAAGAAACACCUAAAGAAACUUAUGUUAACGUCAAUACUCAAAUUCAUCAACCGCCACCUCCACCGAAGCUUAAUCUAGAAGAUAUCUUACAAGAUCUGGAACAGUUCUCAAAAACGGACAAAAGAUCUCCUGCUGGUAAACUGUACAAGAGUUUGAGAGAUUAUAUUCGUUUUUUAAAUGGUGAACAACUUUCCUCGGAAGAAAACUUGAAGGAAGCGAUGUUAUUAUUAGAAAAUAUAGAAAAGAGAAAAAAGGUAAAAAAGAAACUUAAACAACAAAAGAAGAAACGAAUGAUUGCCGAUUUAGCCAACGUACCUAAGAUAAUUGAAGGCGAAUGCACUUGCUGUAAACCGAAAAUUAAAUUGCAGAAUAGAUUUUUGGAGAGUUUAGGAACACCCGAUUAUAAUAGGAAGGAUAUAUAUGCGAAAAGAAGAGGUCCUACUAUGAAAGUUAGACAUCUUCCCGAUCUAUCUAGAGUUCUAGGCAAACAAUGUGCAUUGAGAACAUCGAACCAAGUGGAAUACGAAAGAGCUUUAUUUAAGCCUGGUGAAAAGAAACCUAUUUUAAAAUAUAAAAUAGGAGAUAAAGCCUCUUCGGAAGAACUUCUUCAAUUACCCGAAGAUACGAAAAGGAAACAAAGAAGAACGGAUAAAAAUAAAAAAGCUGGAAUAAAAGCGAAAAUUGGAAUUGGAUCUGAAGUAACAUCGAAAGAUAUUACGAAACAAAUAGGAUUAAAAGAGAAGAUCGACGAAGCUGUAAAAGAAAAAAUCAUGCCAGAAGGGGAAGACGAAUUAAAAGAAAGGAUAAAAGAUAUUAUUUUAGAUGAAGAAGAAAUUCUGGAUAUAAAUCUUGACGAUUACGAAAAAUAUGUGGAUAAAAAAGACAUGCUUAUGGCUAGAUAUAGAAAAGAAAUAUUAAAAAAUGAUAUUUCUGAUAAAUACAUGAUGGACAUAGUCAUGGAAACUGAAUUUGAUAAACUACAUAUAAAAGAAAAAGAACCGAUUAAAGAAAAGAAGAUCCAAAAGCCACUCGUUAUCGCGGUUAAAAGAAAUUAUCCUACUAAAGAACAUCCUAAAAAACCUUUAGUUCGUAAACCAAUACACAGACGUACAUCUAGCGUAGGCGUAAAUAUCAAUAAAUCGUGUGCUUCUGUUCGUGUAAACGUGUCUAAAGAAAAGAUCAAUGAUAGUGACCACUCGAUUGAUGUCAGGUAUGGAACAGGUAUUCACGAGUAUAAACAAAAAUACAUGGAUAAAGUGUACUUUGAAGAAUUCAAGAAUGUAGAAAAUAAUAAUAAACGUCAACGAAUAUCGGUAAAAUUACAUAGCAGAGAUUCGACAAGAAAAUAUUAUAUGCUCGAUUCCAGCUCUGAAAGUCAUAUUAGCAUUCACUCGUGUUCUGAAAAUUGUAGAAGAUAUGACAGUUGUAAUAUAUUAUAAAUGUAAAUAGAUAAUGUUUAAUUCAGAAAACUUAAUAAAUGUUAACCUAAUAAAAGCGAAAAGAAUUGGAAAUUUAAUGAUAAGUCACUGUAUAAACUGUGGGUAAUUUGAUCGAUCAGCUGCCAUAACAGUAAACAGUUUUUCAAACAUAUAUAAUUUAAACAGUCUUUGCAUUUGUUUAAGUAAACAUGGCCUGUUUUUUUUUAAACCAAAAAGUCUUCAGCUGUAUUACAGUUAUUAUCUCAUAGAUCAAAAGCAUUUGCUUAAUUCUGAAUUAAAUGGGAUAAUUAAAAUGGCCUUUAAUAAGAUUUAUGCUUUCUAUAAAAUUUUUAUUUUUGAUUUUUAAAAUACAGUGUUUAAGUACAGUCAGUUCUAUAAAGUCAUUUAACUUCUUCGUAAUAAAGCGGCCGAAUGUGCCAACGAUAAUCGAAAAUCGAUACAAAUAAGAUUCAAAAAAGCAGGAAUAAAUCAUCUAUUUUCUGACAAGAUAAGAAUAACUUUCGAGAGGAAUGAU